AUGUUGACAGUCAGAUCAGCAUUGUUAAAGAGUUGUUGUACAUCGAUGGGUGGUGCAACAAGAUAUUAUACAACCUCGAUUCAUCAAACAUUAUCUACUUCAACUUCUCCUUCUCCUUCUCCAUCUCCAUCUCCUUCAACGACAGCAACACCAACACAAAUAGUAGUACAAUCAAAAACUCAAAAAGAGAGUAUAGUUAUAGAAUAUGGGUUACCAGAUAGAUACGAUAUAUUUAAAGAAAAGAUGAUGAAAGUUGCUAAAGAAGGCAAAAAGAAACGAUCUGAAAUCAAGGAAUUAUUUACAAGCCCUUUAUUAUCGGAACAUUUACUAUUGGAGCAAGGAAAUACUCUAUUCGAUCAUAUUAUAGAGAGACAAUGGAAAAGAGAACAUGGAGACAAAAAGAAACGACCAAUGUUUGAAUAUGCAAAGAUGAGUCCAAAGAAACACGAUAUCGUCGCUUGGUACAAGGAUAUAUCACGAUCAGUCCACUAUGGCAUCGUGAUUGACGGAUCACCGGGCUCAUUCUCAUUGGCAGUCGAUUUACAUCAAAGUCGUUUAUCAUUCAAAGAAGAUGCCAUCAUCAUGGUCUUUCCAACACACAAUUCCCAAUUCUUGGCUGAAAUGAAUGAUAAUUUAAAAAGAGUUCAAUCAACUCUUGAUUCACUUCAACAACAACAAAGAAGAGGAGGAAAUCAACAACCAAAAGAAGAACAAAAAGAGGAACAAAAAGAAGAACAAAAGGAUGACACUGGAUCCAACAAACACUCAUUAGAAUACAAAUUAGAUUUACCAGCUGAUUUGGUUGAAGCGUUAAGAUUAUUGAAUGAAUCAGGGUAUAAACAUGACUCACAACCAAUGUUUAAAUACGAUAGAUCAUUGUAUCAAGAAUUUAGUCUACCUCAAAUGACUGGACACACAUUUUUCAGAGGUCAACCUUUGACCCAUGACUUGGUGCAUUUGGAUUUAGUGCCUAUUAAAAGUGCAGCUAAAUUUUUAAUGGAGUCUCCUAAAUGUGACCGUAUCAUUAGCGAGGGGAUCCAAUCGAAUAUUUGGAAUGAAGUAUUGUAUUAUAUAGGAAUGAACUUUUAUCUCGGUCGUGAAAGCACCCAUUUUCUAUUGACAUCUGCUAAAGAGUUUACUUGUUACUCUCCCAAUCGAUGCAGCAAACUCACUCAAAUCCAAAGCACGUUGACUGCCGUCUCGCUAGAGACUGACCGAAACAUAUUCAUUGCUUAUUGUCUUGAAUACCUCGAACGCAGGUUCCCAAGUAUCCGAUCAAGACCCUCCACCAAACAACACAAGAGUGCCAAAUUCCCACUCAUACAGAAUCACACCACUUUUACCGAUGAGCACGGUGUCCCUCUCCCACCACAAUUCAAUCGAUCUUUUAUAACAUUAAAAGAAACUCUCAAAGAAUUCCUCAUUAUGCCACAUUUCAAUAACCUUUUCAACUCAAUUGCAAAAAGAUUAUUAAAACCAAUGCGACUCAGGAGUACAACUGAUAAUCCAAAAAUACAGGCAUUGUUGGAAUUUUUGGACGAUCCAAAUCAAUCAUUGGAAACUAUACCAAAACCAGAGAUAGUUGAAGGAGUAGAGGGAGAGGAGGAUGAAAAGGUAGUUGUUAAAGAUCCAGUAUAUAUCAAUAGAAAUUCUAUUCAUUCACAUACAAGAAAAAUGGAAUCCUAUUCAAAUCAUGGAGUAUUGCCAAAAUUAUCUGGAUUCAAACAUAAACCAAUCGUUGGAAAUGAAGGUAGAAGAGUAAUUAAAAGUCAAUCAUUUGCAAUUGAUAAUGAAAGUACAAGGGAUGUAGAUGACGCAGUUGGUGUGAUAAAGGUUGGUGAUGACUAUCAUUUCCUUGUACAUGUUUCUGAUGUUUCUGACAUUGUAUUACCCGAUACAAAAGUAGAUAGAGUUGGUUUGCUUCGAUCUAGUAGUAUCUAUCUCAAGGAUAGAGUAGCUUGGAUGUUACCAGAAGACAUUACAUUGCAUGCUAGUUUGACACCUGGUAGACAAAACAAAGCAAUGACAUUCCAAUUCAAGUUGAACAAAGAGACUGGAGCCAUUGAAGAAUACGAUAUCUACCCAUCAAUAGUAGAGAAUGUCGUCAGAGCAACCUAUGAUCAAGUAGACGACUUUUUCGCCGGUGGUAACAACCACUCCAUUACAAAAGAGCAAGGUGACCAACUCCACCUUCUACACAGUAUAUUGGAGAGAAAACAAAAAGAACGUAUAAAGGAUAUUUAUUGGGGUGUUGAAAGUUCAGAUUUUACCUACAACUCACGACUUGGUAAAUACGAAUUUAAAGAUCGUUCAUCUGGACACGGUCAAUUGUUAGUGUCAGAGAUGGCCAUCACUGCCAAUAAUGUAGCAGCACUUUAUUGUCGUGUCAACAAAAUACCAGUACCUAAUCGGUACCAAUCCGAGCCAGACAUUAAUCUCUUCCCCUAUGAAGACUACUCCAACAUCUAUCAUCCACAAGCAGUCAAUUUUGCAAUGAUCAAUUACGCCACCACAUCUGAAAUCACACCCUCUAAAAGAGGACAUUUCUCACUAGGUCUACAAGACUAUACUUGGGCAACCUCACCUAUUCGUAGAUACUCUGAUAUCAUCACUCACAGACAAAUCAAACAUUUCAUUACCCACAAAUCACUUUUCUAUCAAUUACUUGAAGUUCAACACAUGUCAUCAAUUAUUAAUUUAAAUACAAAACAAAUUAGUUCUAUUGAUAGUCAAAGAACAAGAUUAUUUGAAGCGGAGUAUUUCUUACAAGAAGGAAUCAAUACAUUUAAUGGAUUAAUGUUACCACCUUUAAAUGAUAGUUAUACUAAACAAAGAUUCUUGUUACCAGAGUAUGGAAUCAUGGCAGUGACCAAAGGUCUUCCAGAAGACCAAUACAUCCAAAAUGAUAAACCCUACAAAAUCUAUGGUUUCUAUGAACAUGGUCAAACUAAAUUUGGUGUAAUUGAUCAAGAAACAAAUAAAGUUUUGAUGUAA